UCUCCUCGAGACGGGCGGCAAGCAUGGCCAGUCGGCUGAGAAAGGCGGGCUCUGUGUCAGUGGAGCCUCUCCCGCCUUCCUCUGUACCGGCGACCGAGGUGGCUGAAGAGGGCAGUCAGGGCUAGUGGUUUCGGCGGCGGCGCAGGAAGAGCGGCUGUGGGGAGGGGAAGGCUUCUGCAAGUGGGGAGGAGACGCUCCGCGGGGCUUGUGAAGUAAACAUUCCCCCCUCCUUAGCCCGAGUGAGGGAAGCCCCCUCAAGCGCCGGAGAAAGUUCAAGGACUUGCUGCACUGACGCCCCCUCCCCGCUUUUCCUAUUUCCGCGGAGACCCUCGCAAACGUGGGAGGAGGCGGGGGAAUCCUGGGCGCGGAGAAGGAGCGGCGGUAAUCAUGAACCCCAGCAGGCAGCGAGGAUUAGGCAAAGCGGCCGCCGGCGGAGACGACCCUUGGAAAGAGUGCCAGGAGGCGGCGGUGCAGCUCGCGCUCCAGGCGGGACAGAUUAUUAGAAAAGCUCUUACUGAGGAAAAGCAAGUCUCUACCAAAACAUCUGCAGUAGAUCUUGUAACUGAAACUGAUCACUUGGUGGAAAAUUUAAUCGUUUCUGCAUUGAAAGAAAAGUUUCCCUCUCACAGGUUUAUUGCAGAAGAAGCUACUGCUGCUGGUUCAAAGUGCAUACUCAAUGACAGUCCAACCUGGAUUAUUGAUCCUGUUGAUGGCACCUGCAAUUUCGUACAUAGGUUUCCAACUGUAGCUGUUAGCAUUGGAUUUGCUGUCAAGCAAGAGCUUGAAUUUGGUGUAAUUUAUCACUGCAUUGAAGAACGAUUAUACACUGGUAGAAGAGGUCAAGGGUCAUAUUGUAAUGGCAAAAGGCUUCAGGUGUCAAAAGUGACAGAUAUCACAAAAGCCUUGAUUUUAACUGAGAUUGGCCCAAAGCGAGACCCUGACACUCUGAAAGUCUUUCUUAGUAACAUGGAACGACUGCUAAAUGCACAGGCACAUGGGGUUCGUGUUAUUGGAAGUGCUACUUUGGCACUCUGUCAUUUAGCAUCUGGGGCUGCAGAUGCAUAUUACCAGUUUGGCUUGCAUUGUUGGGAUUUGGCAGCAGCUACUGUUAUUAUCAGGGAGGCAGGUGGAGUUGUGAUAGAUACAUCAGGUGGACCUCUAGAUCUGAUGUCAUGUCGAGUAAUAGCAGCAGGUACCCAGGAGAUGGCUUCAUUCAUCGCUCAGGAAAUACAGACUAUUCACUAUGGACGUGAUGAUGAGAAUUGACCAGACAUCAACUUAAAAGAAUCUGAAAUCUGGCCUUUUGGAAAAAAUGUACUUCUUUUAAGAUGGCUUUUAGAAACUGUUACUUCUUUGUUGUACAGUUUGUAAAUCAAACAUAAGUUGCAUUUUAGGAAGGUGAAAGAGGUGUAUUUGGGCAUCUGCGUGUGGGUGUGCAUAUGUGUGUGUGUGUUUGGGACCUUUCCCUCUUUUUAAUGAGAAUAUUUUUCAGUUAUGUUUUUUUAAUGUUAAAAGCUCUUUGAGGCUAUAAUAAAAGUGGAGAUGUUUUUGGUUUUUACAUAGAAUGAGAAAUAAACUUUGUUUCAGAUCUCAGGUAUUUUUUGUUGUUGUUCCACAGCAAGGAACAAGUACUGCCUCAAGUGCCCUCAUCCAAAAAUACUUCAGUAAAAUUACUAUUUUUUUUCUAAAUUUAAAGCAGACCUACUGAGCAGCUCUUGAGUUAGAUACAUUUAUUUAUAUGGUGUACACAAGCAUGAUAAGGAUACAUAUUCUUAGAAAUCUAUAUUAUCCUUGGAUAAAUAAACAGAUACUAAAAGAGCUGACUAAGGAAUGAAAAAAAAAUCUUUUUGAAACAUUCAAAUCUUCUUUCGCUUGAUUCAAACCCUAGACUAUAAUAACAUGUUUUUAAAAAUAACAUGUAAGUUUCACUAAAAUGCUACUAUUCUCAAGUUUCUUACUAAGCACAUAGGUAGUCUGAUACCCAGUGUAUAAUCAGUGGUAAUUAUAUGAAUGGAGUAAUAUAUAUUUUGACCUCUGCUGGAUAUCAAAUGUCCAAGUUACAUCUCUUGGUGACUUCAUAGAUCUAUCCAUGUAGUUUUCUUGAUAACAAUACAGAAGUUAUUUUUGUUGCCUUCUUCCAGGAUACUAUGCUGACUCUGUAAACCGCUUAGAGAGGGCUGUAAAGCACUGUGAAGCAGUCUAUAAGUCUAAGUGCUAUUGUUAUAGUGUUACAUUUGUUUUUGUUUUUUACUUUUCAGUCUAAUCUAAAACCCUGAAUAUUUUCAGGAGUUUUCUUCUGUAAUCUUAAUUAGGCCCACCUCCACUUAGCUUUCAAACCCAGGCAGGUGCUAUUAUGUGCUGAGAUGGCCAUUGUGUAUCCUUGAAUGAUUAUUGUGGAGAAAAAUAAUCUAUCAAAGCAAAUUCAAAACUAUCAGAGAAAUUCCUGAAAUGCUGAGUUAGUACUCUUUGAAAAUGCUUUAUAGCUUAUCCUGUGUAACAGAACUGAAAAGAAAUAUCUCACUGUUAAUACAAAAAUUGUGGUUGAACACGUCACAAGAACUACCAUUUCCUUGGAUGGAAAUGGGCAUGACUUGGCUGAGUUUUCAUAAGCAGCACAUAAGGUGGCAAAGUUUUAGAACUUUGGUUGACAUAAUGAAAUGUUACAUGAUAAAUAAAUGCCUACGAAACAGAAAUUACAAUGAAAGGGAUCCUACCCUAAUCUUUUCACUGAAUGCUUGUUUUCUAUGCUUGAGUAUUAUAAAUUGUUGUGACAAGUUCUUAUGAGCCCCCCUCUUGGCAUUCCAAUUAGUACAAUUUAGGAAUAGUUUACUAUUUUACCUCAUUGUCAAAAUUAAGCUUUAGAUUUAUGUGAACUAGAGUUAUUGACAAUGACUGUAUGGAUUAGAUACUGAAACUGAUAAUCUAUGUUCUGUCAAAUGCUAGAAUAUUACAUUGGCCAUAGUGUACCUUGUUUUCUCAAUAUCUUUCAAUUCUAAACGCAGUGGAGAUAAAUAGCAUUUAUGAUACUUCUAAAUAAAGUAAUAAUAAAGUAAUAAUUUAAUUUAAACCUGAGCCAAUUAUCCCUGUAUGUAUGAAGCUAAGAAUUUGGCCCAGUCUCUUAAAUAUUGAAGAUAUAUUUUCUGAGAGAUUUUAAAAAUUAGAUUCUCCAGUUUUAAAAAACAUGUAUAGUGGAUUGGAACCAAAUUUAAUUCUAAGAAUAGACCUAUCAGAGCAAUAGUACCUCAUUUAAAUACAUGUUUGCAAUAAAGAAUUUGCACCUGCUAGUUUUUGCAGCUGCUGUAGAAUAUGUUGAUAAUUAUUAAAGUCACUGAACCACUGAACAAGAAAUUCUUCCUCUAUUCAACUCUAUUACUGAAAAUUUGCCUCCCUGGAAUUAAUCUUUGUAUGUGUGCAAAAGUUCAUCAAAGAUUUCACUGUGUGAUGAGAACUUUGUUACCCAUUGUUAAUUGUGUUAUAAUAGCAGUUGCCGAUGAAUCAUUUCUUCCCUUCUGUGCCAUUAAUGUGCUAUCUGUAUCAAUUGUCUCAUUUUUCCGUAUUAAGGAGCUUUAUGGUUUGAGUACUUAGGAAAUUUGGCAUAUCUUAAAAAAUGAAAUUUUGAAGAUAAUGUAUAUAAUAGAGCUGUAUUGUGCAGUUAAACCAGAAGGGCCUAAGAAUACAGGUAAAAAACCACUAAAAACAAAAGCCAUCAGAGAUCAUUCUACUUCAGUAAAUGUCUGUCAACUUCUUUGGUGACAGAUGCCUUUCUUCAUUUACCAACUACAUAAUAAUGAAGAAAACAUGAGCAUUUCCCUUCCAUCUCCCCUUAUGAACAGAAAAUUCCUGCCACUUAAUUUCUUUCUGUCUGCAGUCAUCAAGAUACAAUUAAAAAUCAGACAAACUUAAUAACUGGAACAUUAAAUGAACUGAAACAUGAAGUGAUAUAUUAAUAAGAGAUUAGGACAGGAUCAUAACAUAUGAUAAACUGCUGUCACAUAAAUGUUUAAAAAUGAUAGUGCAUGCACUUUUAUGCACUUUUGAUUUUACAAUAGCACUUCUAUAGCACUUCAGAAUGUUCAAAAGCACUUCCUCAAUAUCACUUGCAAACCUUAUACAAAGACAUUCUUCCAAUAUUCCCCUUAUGUAACAAAACAUAAGUGGAUUAUUUUAAUGAGUAAAUUAGUGGCGGGCACAAAAUUCAAACAGAAUUUGCUCUUAGUAACAUAGGACUAAACUGUAUGUUAUGCUAUAUCUGAACUUUUGUGUAUGUUGCUUGA